ACCCAUCAGGCCAGCUGGGGGGUCCAGGUACUGUCUGCCUUCUCAAUGAUAUGUCGAUUUGGAAAAAGAGUGUACUAAGUAAAUGAAAUGUAAUUAAAUAUAAUUCUGCAAGCUGGGUAGACAGGUAAUGUUACCUAUUUGCAUUAAUAGUAUAUUUUCAUAAUUAGCUCACAGUUCCAUCUACAGGUGUAGACGUUCCCCUGUCACCAAGCGUUCCUCUUCCAGAGUGAAGAUAAUGUGAAAUCAUUCUCACCCAGGUGCACUAGGAAGACUCACUCAGUCUCUCUCUUUCUCUUGCAGCCUCACCUCUCUGAGAAAGAGGCCAUGAUGUGUAGAUCGGAUGUGGGGCAGUUGUCACAAUGCAGGGUGCAGGCGAGUGCAGGUGACAUUUCCACUGGCAGAUUACAGGAGCACAUAUUGUAUUAGGAGGAAACGUCACCAUGACCCUAUCUUCUCAGUCCUGGUCUUAAAGGUCUCUCAUUUCCAAAAUGACAAUGAAAUUGUAAUUAAUAUCUUGAUGCCACUGAAAUAGCGUGGCAUUUUGGCAGGGGACUGAUUUCACAUUGUAUGCGGGGGCACUGGGGAGAGGUUAAAUGCACAACAUCUACUCACAACAAUGCUGUAUCAUUGUUUUCAUCAUUUUCUCAUUUCUGAACGUGCACAGAAUCACCGCCUUUGUACGCGGCCACGGACUUUAUUGAGUUAAUGUAAUUUAACCAGUUUAAAACGCUGUGUACAUCAGAAAUUUUGCAUUGAGUUAUGUUCGAACUAGUGUAGUUUUUCAUUUAACCAAUGAUGUUUAAUACCUGCCAACACUGAACUGUGAUCAAAUAUCAAUAGAAAAAAAAGUAAAAGAACGCACUGGAACCUUUGGGUAGUUGUUUCCGUUAAGACGGUGAUACAAAUCUCAUUUCUCUCAUUCAUUGUUUUCUAUACCUCGACUGCUGGGUGACUUAUGAAACAGUACAAUACUGAAAACCAUCUUAGGCAUGGAACACAGGUGAGGAUAAGGGCUCCCUGCACAUUUCUGAACCAGUUACCUAAAUGUAUUUUUUCAGGAAAUACAAGGCUUAACCAGUACACAGUGGUUUUCGACGUUUGCCUAGUAGCUUAGUAUUUGUUCUUCGUAUUAAAAUAUGCCCAAUAUUCGUAACAAAUUGACUGUAAGAAUGUGUAACUGACAGCUAUAUUACCCAAUUGCUAUUGGGAGAAAAGGCGUGUUCUGGUUGCGCAGUAGCUACUGCUGACUGGCAGACAGCGAUUACAAAUGAGAUGAACGGUUCUUAAUUGACACCUCUAGCGGACCUAUCGACGAAAGACAAGUUACGACGUGUUGUUCCGGCCGAGCCAAUCGGAGGGAAAGGGAAGGCGGUGCAAAGAGCGGGUGGGUAGCAACAGUUGCCCCGGUGAGGACGAAGCGCCAUAGCCACGGUAGUCCUGGCGACAAGAACCCAGCAACGAGAAUCAACAACAACAGCACGAUUUUUAAAAAAAUAAUAAAAUACAAAAUACCGGGUGAAAAUUCACAGGAAUUUAGAGUUACCAUCAUGGCGACUCCAGGCUACUCGGGGGAGCUGCAGCAGGCCUCACAACCACAGGGUGGCGCUGUGGGCGCAGCUCCCGGGCAGCCCUCUGCUGCUCCCCCCGUUACACUCCCGGGACCGCCUCAGUUUCUGGCCGACCUGCAGACCAGCGCCGCUGCUCCGACCUCCACACCACCGGCCGGACAGACCACGCCGCCCACCCCCAGAGCCGCCCCCACUCCCGCCCCCACCACUCCGACGCAGUACGUCACUGCUGAGAUCCAGAGCUCCCCCGCACAGUCCAGCAGCGGUCAGACUGCAGCCCAGUAUAUCGUGGUGACCGUCACAGAAGGCGCUCUGCACUCCAGCGACUCCAUCUCAGAGAGCAGCCCCCCUGCAGUGCCGGUGCAGACAGGGGUCCCCACGCAGGUGGUGCAGCAGGUGCAGAGGUCAGUCGUGCAGCAGGUGGGAUCGCAGGCAGGCAAGACUGGACAGACCACCCAGCUGACUGUCACUAAUCUGCAGCCUGUGCAUCUGACACCAGAGCAACUCCAGCAAGUCCCAGUGCAGCAUGUGUACACCAGUCAGGUGCAGUAUGUGGAGGAAGGAGAUGCCAGCUACUCCACCAGCACUAUACGCUCUGGCAGCUACCCCUACUCCGAAAGCCCACUGUACAGCCAAGCCGUCACCACGCCCUACUACGAGGCCCCACCCGCCUCGGGGUCACAGGUCACGACCCCCGUGACCUCGCAGACAGCACCGGCGUCAGCCGGCACCGGCACAGUGUCCAUGUUCGUCUCUGGGCCUGGGCAGAUCGUGGCCACUGCCCCCUCGGGCACAGGAGGAGGGGCGCCAGCGGUAGCGGCGGGCGGAGCCUCUGGCGGAAGUGGUACUGGGGGUGAGGGUAACGUCACGGGGGGCAGCUAUGUCAUCCAGAGUGGGUAUGUGCUGGGAAGUGGAAGCAGCAGCAACAGCAACAACAGCAGCAGCAGCAGCAGUAACCAGAACUACUCACACAACGCGCGGGCAUCGCCGGCCACCGUGAGUAUACUGACAGAGGGAGAGGCCAAUAGCGUGCCGUCGGCAGACAAAAAGGUGCAGUGGCUCCUGGAGAAUUACGAAACGGCGGAGGGUGUGAGCCUGCCGCGCUCCACCCUCUACUGCCACUACCUGCUGCACUGCCAGGAGCAGAAGCUGGAGCCAGUGAACGCUGCCUCCUUUGGGAAACUCAUCCGCUCCGUCUUCAUGGGGCUGCGCACGCGGCGGCUGGGCACACGGGGCAAUUCCAAGUACCACUACUACGGGCUGCGGAUCAAGGCCAGCUCCUCCCUGCAACGGCUGAUGGAGGACCAGCAGCACCUGGCCAUGAGGCAGCAGCCCUUCUCACAGAAGCAGAGGAUAAAGCCGGUCCAGAAGGUGGAGGGCAUGACGAAUGGGAUGGCUCUCGGGGCGGGCCAGCAGCAGUCGGGGGGGCUGUCUGACAUCAGCUCCCAAGUGCAGCAGUACCAGCAGUUCCUGGACGCCUCCCGCACCCUAUCCGAGUUCCCCGAGAUUGACUUGCAGGGCAGACCUUUGCCGGAGGGCAUAGAGUUGGAGCACAUCAAGAGCUUCCAGCUGCUGUACCGGGAGCACUGUGAGGCCAUUCUGGAUGUGAUGAUCAACCUGCAGUUCACUCUGGUGGAGACCCUGUGGAAGACCUUCUGGAGGUUCAGCGAGACACAGGCGGCCAGCACAAGCUCACUGUCAGUCCACGACGAGUCUGAGAAGCGACUGCCCAAGUCAUGCCUGGUGCUGCUGUGCAAGUACGAGCCGGUACUGCGCUGGAGCCGGCAGUGCGACAACGCCCUCUACCAAGGCCUGGUGGAAGUGCUCAUCCCUGAUGUGCUGCGGCCCAUCCCCAGCGCCUUAACACAAGCCAUUCGCAAUUUUGCAAAGAGUCUGGAGAGCUGGCUGACCAACGCCAUGAUCAGCAUCCCCGAGGAAAUGGUCCGCAUCAAGGUGACGGCGGCCAGCGCGUUUGCGCAGACACUGCGCAGGUACACGUCUCUCAAUCACCUGGCACAGGCGGCUCGCGCGGUCCUCCAGAACACCACGCAGAUCAACCAGAUGCUCAGCGACCUCAACCGCGUGGAUUUCACCAACGUGCAGGAGCAGGCCUCAUGGGUGUGUCGCUGCGAGGACCGGGUGGUCCAGCGACUGGAGCAGGACUUCAAAGUCACACUGCAGCAGCAGAACUCACUGGAGCAGUGGGCCGCCUGGCUGGACGGGGUGGUCUCCCAGGUCCUAAAGCCCUACCAGGCUACCGCCGCCUUUCCCAAAGCCGCUAAGCUCUUCCUCCUGAAGUGGUCCUUCUACAGCUCCAUGGUGAUCCGUGACCUGACCCUGCGCAGCGCCGCCAGCUUCGGCUCCUUCCACCUGAUCCGGCUGCUGUAUGAUGAGUACAUGUACUACCUGAUAGAACAGCGGGUGGCCCAGGCCAAGGGCGAGACGCCCAUUGCCGUCAUGGGGGAGUUCGCCAGUCUGGGCAGGAGCCUGAACACGCUGGAUCCUGACAAAGAAGAGGAAGAGGAGGAAGAGGAGGAGAGCGAGGAGGAGGGCCAGGAGCUGUCACUUGCUGCCGUGGACCCCGUGGGCUUGGAUGUGGAGACGAUGGAGCCCCCCGCUAAGCUGGCCAGGACAGACCUCCAGGGGGUGCUGUUCAGCACCACAGACAACUGAGCGUGUGCCAGAGCGUGGCUGUUAUCGCAUGUGGUCCAGCCUUACCAGGCCUCAUGGGGCCUUACCGAAUAGAACCGGGUAGAGCAUUAAUUUAGUGGGCAGACACAUUCACUAAAUGGGCUGCAUUAUGGCUGUCCUGCACUCCCACCAAACCUGAUGGGCGGCUGGCUGGAGAUGACAGUACCCGUCAGUCACUGGUCCUAGAGCAUCCCUGGCACUGUCUCCCCCCACCUUCCCGGAGGUGCUUGUGCUGUUGGGUGGGUGGUGUUGCAUCGGUGUAGUAUGGUCUGCUGUGUUUGCACUUAAGGAUCAUGGUAUUUGUGGUAUUGGGCCUGUAGGUGUUCCUGUGUGCCUUUGGUUUUGUUAUAGUGGUUUCUGUGAUGAAGUCAUCACUCAGUCAUGGAAGAGGAGAUACAUCAUGUAACGAUUUAAAUCCGCGUCAGUCAUCCGUGAAUUACUGACCCUGUGCAAUCAGUACAAUAUAAAAUGUUUAAUUAUAACAUCAGCUAGAGUUGUUACACAGAAUAUUCAGAUUAAAUUAGCUUUCCCUUAAUGUCCUCACUGAAUUCCGCCAGCGUGUUCCUGGUCUGACUACUGCAGCAGUAACCUCUCCCACUGCAGACGAUCACUGUCUGCUGUAUUAGUGCCAUGGUUUCACUUGCCACUUUAAGCAUCUGCAAUCAGACUGGGAGGAGAAGUUGACUGCACUGCUUUGAUUUAAUGAAAUCAGGAAUUUCCAAGUAUUCAGCACUGCCCUCCCCCCCACCAGUGCAUUUCAGUGUUCCUUUCACAAUCUAAAACUAUGAGUUUCUCAUGCACAGACCAACUAUAAGCUGCCUUGAGGGGGAUUUCGUUUCCUUCUUGCCUUAUGAGGCAGUAAGUCUGAGGUCCCCGGGCCAGCACUACACCAGUGGCUGUGAGCAGGCUGCAGUGAGUCUGAGGUCCCCGGGCCGGCACUACGCCAGUGGCUGUGAGCAGGCUGCAGUGAGUCCGAGGUCCCCGGGCCGGCACUACGCCAGUGGCUGUGAGCAGGCUGCAGUGAGUCUGAGGUCCCAAGACCAGCACUGAGCCAGUGACUAUCACUUAGUUUUCAGACAAACACUGAGGUACUCCCAGUGCUCCGCAGAAUGGCACCUUUUCAAAUAUCACUUCACACUAAAGCCUGGAAAUCAUAGAUCCUUAAACAUACCAUGUUGAUCUUGAGAUUCCAAUACUACCAUUUUUAUUUGUAAAAAAGAAAAGAAACACAGAUUGGUGGAAUACGGCAUUUUGUAUAUCUUUUCAUAAUUGUAUUAUACUUCGUAAUAAGAACAAAAACAAACGUGCAAACAUUUUAUGACUGACACAGAAUGCUUGUGCCUUUGGAAGUACCCGAAUGCAGCGCAUAUGUUUUUCAUUUUAAAUGGCAUAAAUAAAGCAUUUUUAAUGAUGCAUA